UCAGGACUACUGCUGGUCACAGUGUAAGCCCAGUGCUGAAACGACCCAGCAAGUACUGAGGGUGCAUGGGGCCCAUUGCUCCUACCUGACAGGUGUUAGUUCGUUAGUUUGAUGGGGAAAGGCUGGGGUGCUCAGAUCAAGAAUGUGUGCACACCAUUUUGAGGUUGUGUUUCAGAUAAUCCAUGUGUCUGGUCAAGGUAUGGUGGGUCUAUUUGCUCACUCCCUUAGCAUCAUUUAUGUACGGGCUUCUCAUAUCUCCGGUAGCCCAACUGGAGCAUUGGCAGAGAGGCCUGUGGCCUUCGACCAUGAACUUCCAGCCACCCCAGCAUCCCAUAUAGAUCAGACUUGGUGUUCAUCCUAGUAGGAGGAGCCUGGGGGUGGGGUGAGCAGCCAGACGGGUUAGGCUGGUACGUGGGAACCUGAAGAGGGCUGGCCCAAGGUCAUGUGGCCUCCAGGGAGGGGCAUUUGACAAGCUACUAGCAGACAAGCCAGAAUUGGGGUCAGAACAGGAGGGACUUGCUAGGAUACUCAACAGGGACGGGCAUCAACAGGUAGGUGUCCUGUAGACUGGCCAGUCAUUUCAGUGGGGUUUGGUCUCACUCUGGGUUUCUUACUGCUCUGGAAUCUGGUGGUCUUCAACCUUAGUGUUGAGACCCUUUAAUUUUGCUACUGUUAGGAGUUGUAAGUCUUCCUGUGGUCUUUGGUAACCCUUGUUAAUGGCAUGUGACCCACAGGUUGAGAACCACUGUCCUGGAGUCAUACAUUGUUUCCUGUAGUAUUUUGGUUUGGUGUUGCAUCUCCCCUAAGGACAUGGCUCCUCCAGAACAUUAAAACUGCUUUAGUUGGUUAAGCUAGUUUGUCUCUAGACUUUUGGGGACAGUGGAUUCCACCAAGGACUCUUGUCUCCUAGAACCUACUCUUACAACUUUAUUAUCCCUGCUCUUCCCUGAAAUCUUGUCGGCCCGCCUCAGCCUCCAGGUACAAUCUGGAUGCCUUGUCCUCGGCCGCCCUGGCUCCGCCGCCACCGAACCUCCCAGGGCUCGAGCCCAGGUUCCCCAGGUACCGUGUCUGCACCCACGACCCCUAGCAGAGGUGAAGAAGAGGACGCAGAAGAGGAGGGCGAUGGCACCCCAGCCGACAGCCCCAUCCUGCCCCCCGCGUCUCCCAUGGAAUGCCUUAUCUGCGUGUCGCCCUUCGAUGGAAUUUUCAAACUGCCAAAACGCCUGGACUGCGGUCACGUCUUCUGUCUUGAGUGCCUGGCACGCCUGUCGCUGGCUACGGCGGGUGGCGGAGAUGCAGUGGCUUGCCCUAUGUGCCGUGCGCCCACACGCUUGGCCCCGCGCCGGGGGCUUCCCGCUCUACCCACACAGCCAGGUCUGCUGCCUCGCGACGCACGCGCGCCACCACCACGCCAAGGCUCCGUGCGCUUCGAUCGCCGCCGUGGGCUCCUGUACCUGCGGCCACCGCCGCCUUCUCCUGGGCCACGCAAGAGCCGCACAGUGCGUGCCCCACCGCCUCCACCCCCACUGCGCCUUGGCCGCCCGCUGUCUCGUCGCCUGUCCCUGAGCAGCCCCACAUGGGCCUUCAACGCGGCAGUGGCGCUGGCCGUGCUGGUGGCUGCAGGCCUCGUUGUCUCUGGUGUCUACAUCUUCUUCCUCAUCCCUCAUGUCACCACCUCCGGCCUUGCACGGCCUCAGGUCGUAGCUCUGGGCCCUGAUCCUAGCUUCUGGCAACCACCACGGCCCACACCAAUAACACCCUGGACCCACAUCUGGAUACCGCGCCCCACAAAGCCUGACCUGGACCUGGAUGAUACCCUGCCAGAGGCUACCAAGGACACGCCAGAGCUUGAGGAAGCUGCCAAGGAACCAGUAGAGUCGCAGGGGACCCUGGAUACACCUCCUACACCACCUCAUCAAACUCCGAAGACAGAGACUGACCUUGGCUGGAACCUGCAGGCACGGGAUGAUGGGAAAAUGGUGUAACUACAGUAAUAAAUGCCUCAGUGCUACAGGCCCGGUCUCCCUCCCUGAAGAUAUCUGUGUCAUCCUGGAGGGCAUUAACAGAAUACAUUUCUCCAGAUUGGGGACUGGAAAGACACGAAUUCUCUCAAACUACUGUAAUCGUUCUACAAGAAUCCUCUGAGAAUGUCUCUUUCCCAUGGCCAUCUAACUGAAGGUACCCUGGUCAAUGACGACUACUUAUGAACCAUAUGCCUGUGUAGGUCUAGUUGGGGUACCCCUGAUUCUCAUCUCUGUGGAAGUCCAGGUGGCCUCUCCCCUAAUGACAUCUAUACAGGGCUGUGAAGGUACCUUAGCCUUCACCUUGACAGGAUGCCGUUAGAAGCACUUCAUCAUCUCCUCAGCCCGCUGAGGGAGAGAGACAUUCCUGGUCAGCUCUGGGGAUGAAGGAUCUGGCCCACUCAUGCUUUGGACUCACCACAGUGGGGUUGGGGCUCCCAUCUUUGGAAUACAAAACUGUUUACUGUUCUGAUUAUGCAUCUUGCUGCCCACAGUCAGUCUGUAAAUUUCAGUGCCUGCGCACCUGAUCAGGACUGUGACUUGAAGGGACAGGGGUGGCCUGGCUAGGGUUAGAGAUGGCUGUGACUUCUGAAAACUGGUUCCCAUUUGGAAAGUAAAACCCAAACUGGUCUGGGAGUCUCGAUGUCUCCCCCAGACUUUGGUUUCUGGGACCUACUCAAUACCUUGUGGAAUAGUUGUGGUCAUCAUGACUUGGAGAGCCAAGGCCUCCCUGUGGCUCAGACAGAAACAUUCAAAGCAGGAGGUCCUGGUCCUCCCUAGAUAAUAUGAGAGAUGCUGGUCCUGUCCUCGCUUGAACCCUUUUAUCCCCCAUUUUUUCCCUUCUCUGGGGCUCCACCAGCUCUGCCCAGGCUUCCCUCUGUGCCUCAGCUGAAGUCGAAGCCUUUCCGGUGUCUAUGGAAGGUGGCUCCUUGUCUUCCAAAAGACUUCUUGGCUUAGACACAGAGUAGAAGGAAGGCAACUCUUCUCUGCAUAGGCUGACCACAGACCUCUGAAACCCCAUGGCCUGCUUUUCAUCACCUGGCAUGAGACGAUGUGUGUUAAGGGUGAGCAGCAUUUUCCAGAAUGAAAUGUGACUUCUGUGUAUCUGGAGGCCUCUGUGUGGUUUAUUUACAUGUGUGUCCUCAGCACCAGGCAUCGGCUGAUAAAGAAUGCUUGCCCAGGGAAGUGACAACAUCAGGGAUGACCAAGAGGCAGCCUGGGAAUGCCCAUGGGCACCAUAGGCUUGCAAGCUCACAGCUGACAGGGGCCCUAGCAUGUCUGUGGGAGCAACUCAGCAGCUGCUUCCAGGUAGGAAGCCAGAGGAAGAACAUCAGGGAACCUGAGGGUGUGUCUUCCCAGACCAGUUCUUGGCUCACACCUGGUGCCAACGUCACCCACAGGGACUGGGAUCAAUGCAGUGGGUCACUGAGAACCACUGCCCAGCUUUACGGGCUGGUCCAGUGGGGGUAGAGUGGCUGUUCUGCUUUAGUUUCCUCUGGCUACUGUAAAACUUACCCCUAACACCAUGUCUUAGAACCAUACACAUUACCUCAUAUUUCUGCGUCCAGAAACCUAAGACCUUGUCAUGGGGCUAAAACUGAAGUGCCAAACGAAGUGUGGCGGCACAGAACUAUAAUCCCAGCUAUGCAGGGAGUUUGAGGACAGCCCAGUUAUGUGAGAUUCUGUCGCAAAAUAAAAAUUAAUAAUCAAUCAAUAAACUUAGGGAGCUGACAGUUCCAGGUCCUUCUGAAGACUCUGAAUCUAUUUCCUUAGAUUUCUAGCUAUUAGGAUUGCCUUCCUUGGCUUGUGGUUUCCUCAAAGUCAACAAUACAACAUCUAUAAAUUUCUCUGACCCUCUAGCUAUCUUCUUUCACUUAUCAGGAUAUUAGGAGCAAGUAGGGGG